CUCUAGUGCUGCAUUAACCCCUGUGUGCUGAAUCUGGUUAGUUCAUGCAAUUACAUGGACCAUAAUAGGGGUAUUAAGCUUACAUAAUUGGCCACUCUGCUGGAUGUGCAGCAUGUAGGCUGAGCGCACACGAACACUCGUGGGCUUUUUUGCCAUUUUCCAAUGUCCACGACUAGUAUGCUGAAAAGGGAAAUGACAUCCUCCCUGGAGCUGGCACUCUUCCAGUCACAUGGCUGGACAUUUAUUUGUUUCAACCAUUAACCCAUAAAAUUUAAUCAAUUUCAGAUACAUGAAUUUGCUGGUUUGGUUUUGUGGCCAAGUAAAUGCAGUAUUUGCACACCAUUUCAAGACAUUUGGCACUGGAGGCGUCAACGCCAAGAUUCUUUCCCAGUUUUACUGGGAAGAAGGGAUUUGGAGAACACCAAAGACUGUUACAAACUUUGGCCAUAAUGAAGCUGCUUACAAGAUAAUAGAAAAAAUCUUAGACUACCAGGGAAAGCCCUUGGAAGAUAUGAUAGAUCAGAACUCUGUUUUAAGGAUGUCUAGGGAUCCUUUUAUGGAUAUUGUGAGCCAUUUCUUGGGGCAGUUUAAGGAUGAUAAAGACCAAUCCAUUCAGCAGUUAGUUAAGAUUGGCAGGAGAUUGCAGAGGAAGACAUUCAAGACUCAGAAGAUAAACUGGGCGGCAGAUUUGAAAAAUGUCCAGGCAAGUCUGGCGAAGUAUGGCUCUAAACUCAUCCUUCAGCCCGAGACGCCGUUGGACCACAAAGGCAAUCACAACAAGAAUGAUAAAGGCUCUAAUUCCAAAAUCCAUUCCAACAGUAACUUAGAUCCCAUUUUGGACAAAUCUGAAGAGAAGCUUUUGAUACCACAGCCUCACAGAACUAUUUGGAGGGCCAAGUGGACACAUAAAAAUCAUGUUGAAGCAUGGAAUUCCUGUCCAGCGACUUACAAGUGGAUACUCAAUCUGGGCAGCUUAAUAAUUGAGACACAUAGAGAUAGGUUAUUGUACUACAUUGAGAUUUUUGAAAAGCUUAGAUAGGAAUGCCUUACGACUGAAGCCUGACUUCCAUAUUAUGUAAAAACAAAUUCUUUCUUUUGUCUCUGAAAUUGAUCACUGACCCAUUUUGGUUGUGUGUAUUUUAUUACAGAAUAUAGAUAUUCAUUGUUAACAUUGUUAAACUUAUAACUAAGUGAUGCCUCAGGACUGUCACUGAAAUGAGUGAUAUUAAUUAUAGUAUGUAGGAUUAAAUACUGACCUAAUGGAACUAUUUAUGUAGUAUCAGUACUACUCUAUGAUACUACAUGCUCGAUCAGAGACAUUUAACUGCCAGCCUUGGUAGCCCCCUAAUGAUUCAGUUACCAUGCCAAAAUACUAUUCCAAUAUAAAAGAUAUUGCUCAACUUAUAACCUAGCUGUUCUAUACACAAAGCCACAUGUAGAGCACAGAGCCAUUGUGUAGUUGAAACUGUGCCAUCAGUAUUUGAAAGUAUAUUAGAAAUUUGUAGAUAAAGUACUGCAGUUCCUUCAUUUCUUCCUGAUUUAGCUUAUUAAUAAGGACCAUACUGGUAUUGUCAAUGGUGUACAGUGGUGUCACAUUCCUGAGGAAUUUGCCAUACCACUAUGUGAUUUAGGUACACUGCCAGCACACAAGAAUAUGGAUGGCUAAAUACAAAAUAUUGUGAUGUGUGUGUGUUUAUAUAUUGAUACAAAGUUAAAAUAAGUAAGGUCUCUCCACCUUUAGCUGUGUAGCUCCCCUCCCAUUACCUUGCUCAUUAUAGUGGGAGGGCUUAGGAGAUGGAGAUUGAGGCCCAAUGUAGGGGCCUCAGCCCUUGGCUCAACUAAUUUUGCUUGGUCUUUUCUUCUCUCCAUUCCUCCUCCGUUUUUUCUUCUUCAUUCCCUUCUUCUAUCCCAUUUCUAACCAUUUACUGUUUGCCAUGCUAUACCUGAUCUAUUUGUAAAACCUUAUUGUUUCAAUAUUUAUUAAGUAUAUUCAUCUAUAAGUCAGUUAUAGUCGUAAAGAUGUGUUUUUAAGUGGCAGUUUACAGUACUUCUCAUGUAAGAAUGCUCUUGGCAGUGAGAAAAAAGAGACAGACAUUGAAAAUAUUAGGUUUUGGGUUUAGUGUACAAAAACAAACAAAAUAACACAGGUAUCUGAAAUUUUAUUUUAUCACUUACAGUAUUUAGGCUCAUCUCCAAUUCCUUUUUUUUUUAACAGGGUAUCUUCUAAUUGGCACAUACUCUAUCAAUUUUAUAUAUAUUUCCUCUUCUUUUACAUACAAUACAUGCAGAUCUAAGAAUCCCCACAAACGAUCCUUUCAUUCUUUUACCUAACUGGACUAAUUGUGGGUAUCAACAUAUCUAGUAUUAUACUUUAAGCACAUGGUAAGUGAUUCUCAUGUAAUUACAAUACAAUUUAAAAAAAA